AUUUCGACAUGUCGUCGUCGCCGCGGAAACCGCUGUCCAAGGCGGCACUGCAGAGAUGGUACCUCAUCGGAGGCGUCGUGGUGCUCUUUGCGUUCGCUGCGUUUGUCAACGUCAGCUUCUACAUGCGCAACAACGUCAUAUCGACCUCGGGGCUGGCGUCGCAUGUCCGAUCCGAAGGGCACCAUGCGUCGUCGGCUUCCGCGAAUCGAUUCGUGAAGCACGUGGCGUUCACGGCCACAUGUUCUGAGCGCGACCGCAUCCGAGCGCAAGUGCUGGCAUUCACCGCUCGAGAGCAACACUUCACCGGGGACUUGACUUACAUUGCGUACAACUGCGACAAAAUGGCGUUCCAAACGCUGGAAAAAGCGGUGUCGCCGCACUUCAAUUUCACGUUCUUCCAUGCGUUGGCCGUCCAGGGGUCGCCGCCCGACGCCACGGAAUUGAAUCCCCAUGCGCUUCAUGCAUGGAUCACGUCGGUCGGAACGCGCGCCAUUCCCGCGGACGAAUUUGUUAUGAUCGUCGAGGUCGACACCAUCUUCACGCGCCCACUGGACCUUGCCGCAAUGCUCCAUAUUGCCGACACGAUGUCCAAUCCGACGCUCCUCGCGCAGGACGCGGCAUGGUUUGACAGCGACUACCCAGCGUACAUCAUGCCCGAGGAGAUCCUCGAAGCCACCAUGGGCAAGACUUCCAAGUCAUACCAGACCAAGUACUGGCGGGGAAAUGCCGUCCACGCGCCGUUCAUCAUGCACGCGCGGCAUUUGGACGCGGUCUUCGGCGCCACCAAGGGCAUCUACGACAAGCUCGAGCAAAAGUAUCAGCACCUGGCGUACCCGCUGGCAUGCGCCGAGCUGGGGCUGGAGCAUGGCGUGGCCGGCGGCUUCCGCCUCAGUCGAUACAAUUCGUUUGCUGAAAACUGGAACUUUGUCGACAUGAUCAAGUACAACCCGGUCACCGACACCAUGGCGACAGACGACCCGUUGUAUGCAGAGUACCCGUUCACAAUGCGCACGUCGUUGUUGCAACUGUUGAAAUGGGUGGACGGCGCGCCAUAUGUGAUGCGGGACCGAUGGGUGCCGCUCGAUUUCUUUGCCUGUGACGCCGUUCUGCUGCAGUUGCCUCCGUCAAGUCUAUGGCACUAUGCAUCACACACUUACGGAUGGGAACAUGUGUCCACGAUCCUCCGCACCCGCCACAUCGUGUCCAUUUCACUCACGUUCCAAGCGUACAAUCGGGCGGCUAUUGCCAUCAAACAGCGCCACUGCGUCGACGGAUUCAACCAGAAUCAGCGGCUGCUGCUGACCGAAGGGGUGGCGGCGGCGGCCGUGCCGUCCACUUUGCCAGUGUUUGGAGACCCUCCCAUCAAGAAGAACGAGGACGAGGAUGGGUUGGAGUUUGUGUUUGUAAGUUCGUGCUCGAAUGCCGACCAAUGGCAGGCCGACAUGCUGGUCGAGUCAUUUGAACGUGUGCACCAGCGAGGAUCCAUCACGCGUAUCAUCACGGGAUGCAGCACCCCCGCCCUCCUAAACCAGGUGUAUCGUCGCACAACACCAACGACCAAACUCCAUUUUACUCCGGACUCGAUCGCAUUCCAAACGGAAGCAUUGCGCCACUGGCUGCAGCACUCGAACGCGCCGCAUUUGGCUCGUCAGUUGGUCGUACUCGCCCUAGACUUUGUCUUCCUCUCGCGGUUUGCCGUCUCCACCGCCACGCCCGUGCUCUCGGCCUACCCAAAACCAGACGAAGACCCUGAUCCGGAUGCGAUGGAAGUUGUGCACGGAAGCCUCCAGCCGAAAAAAGUGUUCUUCUACUCGGGCAACCCCCUCACUGCACCCAAAGUCAUCGAGGCCAAAGCUGGCGUUGUAAUUGCCCAGAACUUUAACGCGUACCUGAACGAUCUCACGUCGGCGGAUCGCAUUGCGGCGCUGUGUGCCACCUGUCCAAAGCCACUGGCCAAUUCUGAGCAGUACAACGUGGGGCUGCCAUAUGUGGUGGCCACAUCCGACCUGAAAACCAUCAUCGACGACGCCGCGACCUUUGCAGCGAAAUACCACGACACGUAUACCCCACCCAGUCGCUUUGUGGCGGAUCUGAUUGGCUUUUCCACCGCCGCUGCCAAACACAACCUCCCCGCUGUCCGCCUCGACAAUUUGGCCUUGACCCAAGCUACGAGCGAAGACUGGCACUUUGCGUUGGCCAAGAAAGAAGUGAAUUCGUUCACGGUCGAGUACGUAUUGGCUAACCCGUGCAGCCAUGAGCUGGUGACCCCCCCCAAUGCUGCGCCCUUCCUCCGACAGCUCCGCCGCUUCCACGUAGCAACGUGGAUUGCCGACCCCAAGCUCAUGCCAGACAAUAUCUUUGCCUGUGACAUGUGGCUACUCCAAGAACCCCCUGCGACACUGUGGACGGACGCGAUCAAGUCGGAGGUACUACUUGCUAUAUGUAUAGAUUGUAUUGUAGAUUUCAAACCCAUAGUGUAUUUGGAUUCGAUUGGUUGGUUGAAGGAGAGGAACGAUUUUUGUGUGGUGGCUGGUAGGUAUGUAUGUAUAUUGGAUGUGGUUUUGGGGUUGUCAUCGUUGAGUUAGUUUUAUUGCUUGUGAAUUGUAUUAUAUUUGUUGGAUUGCGAUUGGCGAUCGAUAUAAUGUUAUCAUGGUAUUGUGAAUUCGCGAAAUUCGCGUGGUUUGUCUGAAUCACGCCGGACUUGUGAUUGGUUGAAUAUAUUUGUCCUAAGAGCCAAUCAAAUAUGUCCACUAGAAAUAGGAUCAGCCAAUAGCGUCGAUUCAUCGUGAUUCGUUUCGAUGGGGUCUGGAAAUUCAUAUCGAAUAUACCACAAUAUAUAUACUAGUAUCCAUUUAUUGCUGAGGUUCAAAGUUGUUGUUUUUAAUUCUAUUUUUAAUACUUUUUUAUUUAUGUUUAUCUUUUGAAUACAUCCCUGCCUACCAUGCCUCGUGCUUAUAUAUUUAGAACGCCGACACGAUCAAGCAAACGUAUGCUCUAUGCACGACACUCAAGCUGUGGAAUACGCUGCUCGUCCAACACAAGCAACGACAGUGCCCCAAUGGCUUUAACAGCAACAAACGGCUCAAGUUGGUCGACCCGCGGCCGGCCGAGGUGCUGUCGGGGCUCAAGAGCCCAGAAUGGCCAUAACUCUGCGUAUAUAUAGUAUACAAAUCCUACCGUCGCAAGUAGAAUGUUGCUUUAUUAUUGUAUAAGCACCUUGCCCCUGCCCUUUCGACUCGCUUGGCGCAAUACGUACAACUCGUACACGUGCAGACCAGUGAAUAGCCCCAUGGGAGCCGAAAACAGGGCAAUGCAUACCCACAUGGCCUACGACUCGAGUUUUCAUUGUCUCAGAAUAUUGAUAUAUUCGUACAUCGUGGUACGCCCGGGGCACGUCGACGUGGAGGACGUAGAUGAGGCCCCCAACGACUGUCCAGAUGACAAACACCAGGGCGAGGUCGAUCAAAUCGGACGAGAAGAACCGCCGCCACCCUUCUUUGGCACUCGGCUUCACUGGACGUACGAACUCUACUCUGUGCCUCGACGACUGUGGCCAUGGCCCACGCGAUGAGGCUGGCGGCGGCAGUGGCUUCUUGGAGGUGGUGCUUCGAGCAAUGUAGUAGAGGUGACGGCGGCGGCGCCUCCUCGUCGUCGGCGGUGGCCGCUGGGACGGCGCGACCGUGUCGGGACUGUCGUCGAGCCACUCAUUGUCCGACAUCGGCUUCCUGAAAGGUCGCGGUGGCUUCAAUGUGCAGUGAUCCCAAU